CCCACAGAGCUAUGCGACAGGAUCAUCGACUUCUUAGACGACGAUCGGAUGGCCCUCAGAACUUGCGCACUGACCUGUCGUGCAUGGCUUUCAUCCGCGCAGUACCACAUCUUUUCUCAUGUUCUCCUCGGAGAAGCCCAGAUUCUCCAGGCAUUCCACAGCCUGCUGCUUAUAUCUCCUCACCUCGGUAUCUAUGUGCGGUGUCUUGACAUCGUAGCGCCGAUCAAGAGCACGCCAGCGACGAGACUACGUGGGGUCUGGCUUGCUAUCUUCCAACAUCUAGGUUCUGUCAGGAAGCUGACAGUGAAAGGUUUCUUGCCGCACAUG